CAGACCACGGUGGACUUACUAAAGUUCGAUACAAAACAAGCGCGAGCCAUUGUACGAGUUCCAUCAAACAUCUACGUAAAGUUGCGGUCUGCAAUUGCGUUGAUUGGUCAAUUUCAGGAUAUUCCGUGUAGCUUUGCACAAUGUCAAUCUGCAAGAGCUAUGGUAAAGAUAAAGUUAUAUUUGCCACCAAAGAGGAUCACGCUAUACCCAGCACGGUUGAACUGCCGGAAUCCGAACCGGCACCAGGUUUAAUUCUUGAGAAUGGAGAUAUAAACUGGAACUGCCCAUGUCUUGGUGGUAUGGCAACUGGACCUUGUGGAGUGGAAUUUCGCGAAGCGUUUUCCUGUUUUCAUUAUAGUGAAGCACAACCAAAAGGUUCUGACUGUUAUGAUGCUUUCAAAACGAUGCAAGAUUGUAUGGCCAAUCAUCCGGGAGUAUACAAGCAAGCCGCACAUGACGACGAUGAUGCAGAAGAUGGUUUGGAUGUAGGAGCAAUGUUAGGCGAAGAUUCAGAUGUACAAACUCUCAAAUCUGAUCCAUCUGAGGUAACACAUAGCAGGGAGACUUCUACAAAGGAAGAGCAGUCUACCACAGUAGUGCAAAAAGCAAACUAGAGUUGUAAUAUAUGAAGAUGGUAGUAAACUGUAAUAUCGUUUUUUAUUCGCCCUAUCAAAUAUAUAGUUAGGAAACUUCGAUUUAGGAGUUCCGUCGGUA